GUCAGUCCUCGCUUCUCUUCUGCAGCUGUCGUUUGUGUGUGUUCGCAGUCUGUGAUGGCGACCGCAGGUCCGAUAAGCGCAGCUCGAGACCGAACCGACUGACAGGGCUCGCGACCAUGACCCGCAGUUUCAGGCUGAGAUGAGAGUCGAUCUGAUCUGAGUCGUCCCGAGCCGCAGCUGCUGCGUGUUGUGUAGAGCGGCGUUAUGUCAUCAGACGAGAGAUGUCCUCAGCUGGUGGAUUAUUUCGUGGUGGCCGGUUUAGCGGGUGACUGUUGUCCUCUAGAUGAAGACGGGCGUGAGAGGGGCACCCGGGCGGUUCAGCCCGUCACUGAUGUGGCCGUGAUCGCUCGUGGGCUUGGUGAAGACGUGCCGGAAGGUUUCACCUGCAUCGAGAAAACACUUGGAGGUCAUCCGGCAGAACUGAGCGCCAAUUUACUGAACAACCCGCACAUGUUCCUGUGCUACAGACGAGGACACGACAAACCGCCCAUCAUCGAGCUCGGUGUUCUGUAUGAAGGGAAAGACCCCACCCGGCCAGGAUGGUUCGUGAUUGAGACGACACCGUACAGCCGGUCGGCCAGCCUCACUUCUGGUGGUCCCACGACCCACCGGACGUUCCUCAUGUACCGCAGAGCACCAGACUCACAGGCUCUCAACACUCUGGGUGUCACUGAGAUCACACUGCUCAUGCCCAGCAAGGGUGAAACCGCACCGCACACCUACUGCAGAGUGGAUAAGAACCUCAACACUGGAAUGUGGGGUCCGGCGCUGUAUCUCUGCUACAAGCGUUCGGUGGCUAAAGCAAACACUCUGGUGUAUGAGGCGGGUCUGAUCAGUCGGUACCCUGAGGAGGAUCUGGAGUCUUUUCCUCUGCCCGACUCUGUGCCCGUCUUCUGUCUCCCGAUGGGCGUGACUGUAGAGAGCUGGCCAAUCAACACCAAGUACCAGCUGCCCGUCUUCUCCACCUUUGUCCUCACGAGCGCUUCUGGAGAUAAGGUGUACGGUGCUGCCAUACAGUUCUAUGAGGCGUAUGGCCGCGAGCGUCUGUCCGAGCGUCAGUGUGUUCAUCUGGGUCUGUUGAGCGUGCUGGACCGGCGGCCCAUCACUAACCGCAGUCUGCAGGUGAAGAAGAGCAUCUGUGUACUGUCUCACUGGCCCUUCUUCAGCGUCUUCCAGAAGUUUCUUACCUUCAUCUACAGAUACUCCAUCUCUGGAGCUCACGUGCUGCCGCUGGAGAAACAUUUAUCCAGCUUCAUGCACAAUGUUCCGUUCCCGUCGGCUCAGCGGCCUCGUAUCCUGGUGCAGCUCUCUCCAUAUGAUAAUCUGCUGCUGUGUCAACCUGUAUCAUCUCCACUGCCACUGAGUGGGGCCAGCUUCGUGAAGUUGCUGCAGAAUUUAGGGCCGGAGAACGCGUGUACGCUGCUGCUGGCCGUCCUGACGGAACACAAGCUGCUCCUGCAUUCUCUGCGACCCGACGUGUUGACAUCUGUCAGUGAGGCGCUGGUGUCGAUGACGUUUCCUCUGCGCUGGCCCUGCCCGUACAUCCCCCUGUGCCCACUGCGCAUGGCAGACGUGCUCUGUGCCCCCAUGCCCUUCAUCGUGGGCGUUCACUCCAGUUACUUUGACCUGUACGACCCCCCGUCUGACGUGGUGUGUGUGGAUCUCGAUACAAACACCAUUUUCCAGUGUGAAGAGAAGAAGCCGCUCACCUGGAGAUCUCUGCCCAGGAAACACGGAAAAACUCUGCUGACAUCACUGAGCAACCUUCACAAGACCCUGGAGAGCAUCUAUACUCCGGGUCAGGAAGAGGCCACUCUGGAGUUCUUGUUGACGGAUUAUGAUCUGAUUUACGGCCGUCAGAAACAGCUGGAGCUGGAGAUUCAGGAAGCGUUUCUUCGUUUCAUGAGCUGUUUGUUGAGAGGAUACAGAUCUUUUCUUCUGCCCAUCACACAGGCGCCAUCAGACAGAACCACGGACUGCAGUUCACUCUUUAACCUACAGGGUUUUCUGAAGUCUCGUGAGCGCACGCAGCAGAAGUUUUACACACAGCUCACAAGGACUCAGGUGUUCACUCAGUUUGUAGAAGAAUGUUCAUUCGUCAGCGACAGACACACCAGCCUUGAGUUCUUCGAUGAGUGUGUACAGAAGGUGGACGUGGAUAAGCCCGAGUUGGUGAGGUUGAUAGAUCUGGAUGAAUCUCACAGCGGUGAACACACAGUGUUUAUAAUGCCUCCAGAAGAACCACAGGAAGCCGACGGCUCUGAGUGUCAGGCACAUUACAGCUAUGAUACGUUCCCUAUCCUCCGCUCGGAUUUGUUUGAUCGUCCUCAAGAUCAGCUGCGGACACCAGCUAAAGGCAGCGCUCCCAGUAGCCCCGCCCCCCGCCGCACCAAACAGGAAAUAAAGCUGGCACAGCAGAAGGCUCAGAAAUAUUCGGCGGUUCCGGACAUGUGGUCCAAAUGUCUGCUGGGUCACUGCUACGGUCUCUGGUUCAUCUACCUGCCCACGUUUGUUAAAGCUGAGAGCACUAAAGUCAGAGCGCUGCACACGGCCUACGAGGUCCUCAAACACAUGGAGACACGCAGGGUGGUUCUGCCGGAUGAAGUGUGUUACCGUAUUCUCAUGCAGUUGUGUGGUCAGUACGGACAGCCCGUCCUCGCCGUCAGAGUUCUGUUAGAGAUGAAGAAAGCAGGAAUCACUCCCAACACCAUCACGUACGGAUACUACAAUAAAGCAAUUUUGGAGAGCAAGUGGCCUUCCACCAAUCAGGGCAGUCGUCUCCGCUGGACGAAGCUCCGUAACGUUAUAUUGGCUGUUGCUCAGUUCCGGCAGCCAAUCAAAGAGCAGCAGAGGAACACGUCUUUCUGUACCCGGACAGAAGACACACUGUCAAAGCCCCGCCCCUACUCUGCUCUGAUUCGCCAGUCCAGCUGGAGCGGUUUGAGUGAAAGCUCAAGCCACGAAUCACUGACGAGUCUCACGAAGAGCAACAGUGUGAGCAGCAUGCAGACGUCAGUCAGCAAAAACAAACACUGUAAGAACACCGAACCACAGGCCGUCGGCGCUGAUGCCUCCCGCAAACCUCCCGCCGGUCGCCGUGACAUCGCUCCGCCCCUGCUCCCCCCCCCCGCGCCCCCUCUGGUGCGCCGCAGUGACGUCUGUCUGUCCACAUUCUACAAAGACUGCGCAGAGAUGACAGACGCAGACUGCAGGUGUCAGACGGCCGACAGGGACAGCAGGUCGGUGGAAGUGAGGGAAACUCUCAACAGACGGUCGGUCGAUGAAAACUACAACAACGUUUCUUCUCCGAGCCGCAGACUGGCCGGGAAACUGCAGCAGCUCCUCACACCCACACGGAACCGAGCGUCAGUGAGACGGGCUGCCAGCGUGGACGACAGACGGCCUGGAGCGACCGGGACAUCCCGCCGGACUCUGGAGCAGAAGUCAUCACGGAAAAUCCACAUGCCUGAGAGUCUGCUGAAGGCCAAAGAACGUCUUUAUAACGCCACAUCUGAGAGCUCGCUGUCAGUCAGCAGUGAUGUCGACAUGACUGACAUUCAGACACUGACCGUUCCUCUCAGGAAGUCAUGGGAUUCUGCACAGGAAGCGGCGGGCAUUGAGGUGUUGAUGUCGAGCUGUUCGCUGUGUCGUGGCUGUAACUCUCUGGUUUAUGAUGAAGAGAUUAUGGCCGGCUGGUCGUCUGAUGACUCCAAUCUCAACAGCACGUGUCCUUUCUGCUCGGCAUCGUUUGUUCCGCUGCUGAACGCAGAAAUCUGUGACGUGGGUCCUGUCUGCAGUGUGGAGCGCAUUCUGAAUGUGGAGGGUGAGGUAGAGAACGGCGUGAGACCACCUGCUGGACGGGAGGACGCACAGCAGCACGUGUGUAACGGCAUCAGAGAGGCGGAGUCCAGCUCAGACACCAGCAGCCAAUCAGAGAGCAGCAGCCCCACCCGGGUGUCAUCGGGGGGCGGAGCUCCGCAGGUUACCGUGGCGUAUCUGAGUCCUCUUGUGUUGCGUAAGGAGACAGAGAGUCUGCUGGAGAAUGAAGGGGAGGCUGUUCUCUCUCAGGUCCAGCUGCUGGACAGUCAUCCCAUACUCUUCUGGAAUCUAGUGUGGUACUUCACUCGCCUCGGCCUCCCCAGUAACCUACCACAACUCCUGAGAGAGUCACCGCUGACCGCACACUGCACACAGGUUUCAGAGGGCAGUGGAGUGCGUGUGAGGUUGUUGUGGGACAUGUUGACCCCUGACCCCGAGCAGUGGCCUCCUCUCUAUAUCAUCUGGAGAAUGCACAGUGGCGCUGCCCUGCGCACUUCCAGCUGGCGGCAUCAUAACCAUCCCUUCACUCUGAGGUUCCUGGAGGAAGUGCUGCGCUGGGUUGGCAUGAACGAGGUUCACAAGGCUAUCACGCUCUUCCUGGAUACCGUUGCUAAGCAACCAGGCACUCCCAGGAUACAGAGGAGUUUGUACAGAGAGAUGUUGUUCCUCACAGUGGCUGCGAUGGGCAAAGAUCACGUGGCUGCGUUUGAUAAGCGUUAUAAAGCUGCUUACUUGCGCUUGAGCGGUUCUUUGGGUCGAGAUGAGCUCAGGAGGAAGAGAGUUCAGCCGCCGAGUACCAAAGCUGUGGACUGCAGACGCUGUUUUCUGCUCCCCCUGGAGUGUUGAAGAGCGUCUCCUCCUAUCUGUCUGCUCAUCCUGUUUCUGGACACGCCUGCAGACGCUCUGCUGUGCAUUAUGGGAACACGUCACCUCCGCUGAACUCAAAAACUGCUUCUGUGUCCCACAAUACCGAGCAACUGACACCUGGCCCACGCCUCAGACAAACAAGAGAACGAAGGCAGGAAAUAAAAUGAGGGUUUUUAUUUCUCUCAAGUUCAUUUGACUAGUGUUGUGUAUGUUUAGUGACACACGCUGAUGGAUCUCAUUUCACUGUGUCUUAAACAGAUCAUCGGACUCCAUGCGUGUCAUUUCAUUGGUUGUUUUCUUUCUGUUUCGACAGUGUAGCUCCACCCACACUUAAAUCUCAUUGGUCUAAAAUCUCUCUUCACAUAACUGUGUAAUCAAACGCGAGUCAAAUGUUUUCACGAUGACUUCACACAUCACAUCAUUCAUUAUCUUUAAUUCUCAACACAUUUGUGUUUGUUAAACGUUUUAUACACAUAUUUCUCUGUUGUGGUAAACACACACUUUUUAUGUGACGUUUUAAAUGUGGAGGAGACCGUGUCUCUCCUGUAAAGAUGAUGAUGAUGAGAACUUUCUUCCUCCGGUUCUGCUGUGAAAUGAAGAGACCUGUGUCUGUAGUGUCCACUAACCCCAGGAAGUCCCCUCAAGUCACAGAAAUCAAUGAGAUUGAGUGUUUGGGACUGUCAGGAUGUUCUUUUCAUGACAGACGAGACAUUUCCCCAAAUUAUCAUUUUUAUUAUUGUAUUUCAACGUCACAUCAUAACUUAUUUUACGUUCAUUUGAAUGAGUGAUGAUUAUUUUCAUGAUUGCAUCACACUCAUUUCUGUGUUAGGAAGGGAAAUGUGCUUAAAGCGCAGGAAAAUAAUCAUCACAAUUGAAAUGUUUUAUGUCGAUCCUAGUCAUUUUAUUGGGACAGUAGGAAGUAAUGUGUUCAUCAAUGAUCUGUGUCCAGUUGACCUCAUGUCUGCAUUGAAACAGCAUAUAGACAUCAGACAUAUGUGGGGUGAAGAUACUUAUACAGGUUUAAACAGCUCUGAUCUGUAUUCAACAGCGAUAAUAGGAAUUUAUCAUUUAGUCUUAAUUUUAUUGAUGGGAUAUUUGAAACAGAACAGUUUUUAAUGACAUAACAGGAAAUGAUGUAAGAGGAAAACAGUUUUCUCUGCAAUAAACAGAAUUCAGUGCA